AUGGGGACCAAGAGCCACCACCUUGGCCUGGGAUUUCUGCUCCUGCUCUUUCUCCCUGCAGAGUGCCUGGGAGCUGAGGGGAGACUGGCUCACAAGCUGUUUCGUGACCUUUUUGCCAACUAUACCAGUGCCUUGAGACCUGUGGCAGACACGGACCAGACUCUAAAUGUGACCCUGGAGGUGACACUGUCUCAGAUCAUCGACAUGGAUGAGCGGAACCAAGUGCUGACCUUGUACCUGUGGAUCCGGCAGGAGUGGACAGAUGCCUAUCUGCACUGGGACCCCAAAGCCUAUGGUGACUUGGAUGCAAUCCGCAUUCCCAGCAGCCUAGUGUGGCGACCAGACAUCGUUCUCUAUAACAAGGCAGACACGCAGCCACCAGCUUCGGCCAGCACCAACGUGGUUGUGCGGCAUAACGGCGCCGUGCGCUGGGAUGCACCGGCCAUCACACGCAGCUCGUGCCGUGUGGACGUGUCUGCCUUCCCGUUCGAUGCUCAGCGCUGCGGCCUGACCUUCGGCUCAUGGACUCACGGCGGGCACCAGCUGGACGUGCGACCCCGUGGCGCGUCUGCCAGCCUGGCCGACUUCGUGGAGAACGUUGAGUGGCACGUGCUGGGCAUGCCGGCGCGCAGGCGCGUGCUCACCUACGGCUGCUGCUCCGAGCCCUACCCGGAUGUGACCUUCACUCUGCUGCUGCGCCGCCGAGCUGCCGCCUACGUGUGCAACCUGCUGCUGCCCUGUGUGUUCAUCUCCUUGCUGGCGCCACUGGCCUUCCACCUGCCCGCUGACUCGGGGGAAAAGGUGUCUCUGGGCGUCACCGUGCUCCUGGCGCUCACCGUCUUCCAGCUGAUCCUUGCUGAGAGCAUGCCUCCCGCGGAGAGCGUUCCACUCAUCGGGAAGUACUACAUGGCCACCAUGACCAUGGUCACAUUCUCCACAGCCCUCACCAUCCUCAUCAUGAAUCUGCAUUACUGUGGCCCUACUGCACACCCAGUGCCUGCCUGGGCUCGGGUCCUCCUGCUGGGACACCUGGCCAGAGGCCUGUGUGUGCGGGAGCGUGGGGAGCCUUGUGGGCAGUCCAAGUCACUGCAGUCAGCCCCCAGCCUCCAGCCUCCAGAAGGUCUCCCAGCAGGCCCUUGUCAUGAGCCACGGUGUCUGUGCCAUCAGGAAGCCCUUCUGCAUCAUGUGGCUUCCAUUGCCAGCACCUUCCGCAGCCACCGGGCUGCCCAGCGCUGCCACGAAGACUGGAAGCGCCUGGCUAGGGUGAUGGACCGCUUUUUCCUAGGCAUCUUCUUCUGCAUGGCUCUGGUCAUGAGCCUCCUGGUUCUGGUCCAAGCCCUGUGAGGGCCAGGAACUGGAGCUUACGGAGCUUUGGUCACCUCAACACCACCAGAUAGGAAUGACAAAACCCGGGUGGUUGUUGGUACUCAGAGUGCUGCUCCAAGUCAGGAACACCUCUCAGGACCAGCGCUUCUGACCUCACAAGCCACAGACAGCUUUUGUGAUCUGUGUGCCCUCACUCCUUCUCCCUUCCCUCCAAUAUGAUUCAGGUCCAAGUACAGACUUGGAAAUAAGAUUCAAUGUCAGCUGAGCAAGAUGGUGUACUCCUGUAAUCCCAGCACAUAGAGGCUGAGACAGGAGGAUUUCCAUAAACUCAAGGGCAGCCUGAGCUUCAGAAAACUU